GGCCCGGCACGUAAUGGCAGCGCCGUGGCCUCGCGUCCAUCUUUACCGCUCUCUCGGACCUGUCACAAAGGAGUCGCGCCGUGGCUGCCUCCCCCUCUCUCGAUCGGACCUGGGAGCCGGAGCAAAUAGGAAAUCUUUCUACCUUCCUCAGUUGUGAUUUUGUAAGUGAGACUUCCUUUUCCUCCGUGGAGAUUAUGCCUUCCUAUGGUAGUUUCAAACUAAAGCUGAGCAGCUGCUUUUAAAUUCCUCUUCCACAAUCGUGUAUCUUCCACCGCUGUGGAGUGGGCAUUUCCUGGGAUGACGUCCAGCUGAGGAGCUCCUCUGUGAGGCGAUAAGAUACUUGUGUCCAGAACUGCUGCUGGAUGACCAGGAUUCCCUGUAAUUGAGAAUGUUGGAGAUCAACUCUGCACCUUUCUUCAGCAUUCAGUUGUUAAAAACAGAUAGGAUGCAAGUGUCUCCACCCUGGAUUAUGAAAGCAGUACUUGGAAAACGGAAAACUAUCUAAAUGAUUGUCUUUGGUUGGGCCGUGUUCUUAGCGAGCAGAAGCCUUGGCCAGGGUCUGCUGUUGACUCUUGAGGAACACAUAGCCCACUUCCUGGGGACUGGAGGUGCUGCUGCCAUGGGGAAUUCCUGUAUCUGCCGAGAUGACAGUGGAGCAGAAGAUAGUGUUGACACCCAGCAGCAACAGGCCGAGAACAAUGCAGUCCCCACUGUUGACAUAAGGAACCAACCCCGGGAUCCUGUUCGGCCACCGAGGAGGGGCCGAGGACCACAUGAACCACGGAGAAAGAAACAAAACGUAGAUGGGUUAGUGCUGGACACACUGGCAGUCAUACGGACUCUUGUAGAUAAUGAUCAGGAACCUCCCUAUUCAAUGAUUACAUUGCACGAAAUGGCAGAAACAGAUGAAGGAUGGUUGGACGUUGUCCAGUCUUUAAUUAGAGUUAUUCCAUUGGAAGAUCCAUUGGGACCAGCUGUUAUAACAUUGUUACUAGAUGAAUGUCCAUUGCCCACUAAAGAUGCACUCCAGAAAUUGACAGAAAUUCUAAAUUUAAAUGGAGAAGUGGCCUGCCAGGACUCAGGCCAUCCUGCCAAACACAGGAACACAUCUGCUGUCCUGGGCUGCUUGGCCGAGAAGCUAGCAGGUCCUGCAAGUAUAGGGUUACUUAGCCCAGGAAUACUGGAAUAUUUGCUGCAGUGUCUGAAGUUACAGUCCCACCCCACAGUCAUGCUUUUUGCACUUAUCGCACUGGAAAAGUUUGCACAGACAAGUGAAAAUAAGUUGACUAUCUCUGAAUCCAGCAUUAGUAACCGGCUUGUCACGUUGGAGUCCUGGACCCAUGAUCCCGAUUAUCUGAAACGUCAAGUUGGUUUCUGUGCCCAGUGGAGCUUAGACAAUCUCUUUUUGAAAGAAGGUCGGCAGCUGACCUAUGAGAAAGUGGACUUGAGCAGCAUCAGGGCCAUGCUGAACAGCAAUGAUGUCAGCGAGUACCUGAAGAUCUCGCCGCAUGGCCUGGAGGCUCGCUGUGAUGCCUCCUCUUUUGAAAGUGUGCGUUGCACCUUUUGUGUGGAUGCUGGGGUGUGGUACUACGAAGUAACCGUGAUUACUUCCGGUGUCAUGCAGAUCGGAUGGGCCACCCGCGACAGCAAAUUUCUCAAUCAUGAAGGCUAUGGCAUUGGGGACGAUGAGUACUCCUGUGCUUACGACGGCUGUCGGCAGCUGAUUUGGUACAAUGCCAGAAGCAAGCCUCACCUGCACCCCUGCUGGAAAGAAGGAGAUACGGUAGGAUUUCUAUUAGACUUGAAUGAAAAGCAAAUGAUCUUCUUUUUAAAUGGCAACCAGCUGCCUCCUGAGAAGCAAGUCUUUUCGUCUACUGUAUCUGGAUUUUUUGCUGCAGCUAGUUUCAUGUCAUAUCAACAAUGUGAGUUCAAUUUUGGAGCAAAACCAUUUAAAUAUCCACCAUCUAUGAAAUUUAGCACUUUUAAUGACUACGCCUUCCUAAGAGCUGAAGAGAAAAUCAUUUUGCCAAGGCACAGGCGUCUUGCUCUGUUGAAGCAAGUCAGUAUCCGGGAGAACUGCUGCUCCCUGUGUUGCGAUGAGGUAGCAGACACACAGCUGAAGCCAUGUGGACACAGUGACCUGUGCAUGAAUUGUGCCUUGCAACUGGAGACCUGCCCAUUGUGUCGGAAAGAAAUAGUGUCUAGAGUCAGACAGAUCUCUCAUAUUUCAUGACACUCAGGAAGAGGCAUCACGGACUUAUUUCUACUCAAUUCCAGCCAGUGUGGAAAAGAAAAAGAAAAACCCCAUCUCUAAUCAGUUGUACGCACAUUGAAACUUAGAGCCAUGGCCAGA